AUGAAGCUGCUCGCUUUGCUCCUCCCCAUCCUCCUUGCUGCUGUCAAAUUUCAAGCCAGUCCGGUGGCUCGCGUCACGCGGCUGCUAGAGCUGCUCAAGGACAAAGUGGUCAAGCAGGGGAAAGAUGAAGAGAAGCUCUGGGAGAAGAUGCAGUGCCACUGCAAGAAGACGCUGAAGUCUUUGGAGGAUGGGAUUGGCCAGGAGCAGUCGAGGCUCCCUGUCCUCCAGAGCGACCUCAUGGCGAUGACGGCACAGAAGGCGCAGCUCGAGGCGGAGAAGGAGCAGGCGGCGUCGGACAAGAAGGAGGCGAUAGCCGCCCUCACGGGCGCCAAGGAACUGAGGCAAAAAGAUGCCAAAGACUAUGUCACUCUGAAGGCGGAGUCGGAGAAGAGCAUCGCAGCUGUUGAGAAGGCGAUCGCUGCAUUGGAAAAGGGGCUGGCAGGUAGCUUCCUGCAGACGAGCGACGCGGAUGUGCUGCGGCAGAUGGUCUCCUCAGCCAAUCUCAGGGUCUCCGACCGCGAUGCGCUGGCAAGCAUCUUUGCAGCUGAAGACGACUCUGCGUCCAGCCCGAGCAGCAGCAUGGUCGUGGGCACACUCCAGUCGAUGAGGGACUCGAUGAAGGAGGACCAGACGGCUGCAGACACUCGUGAGACUGAGGCUCAGCAGAGCUUCCUGGGUAUGGUGCGAGCAAAGACAGCCGAGGUGGCCACGCUGGACACGGAGAUCGAGGCCAAGACUACCAGGAUUGGCCAAAUUAGCGUUGACAUGGUCAACAAGCAGUCAUCGAUCGAUGACAGCAACAAGAAGGUUCAGGCCGACACAAGGGAUGAUGUUCUCGCGUUCCCAGAGGUGUUUACUAAUGCUCUCUGGUUUGUGCAGCUAGUGUUCGGCAGUUGUAGCCACAGCCAGGUCAAUAAGCCCCGCUCCCAUCAUGGCACUGUGCUGAGCCAGGAAGAUUCGGCUUUCCUCUCCGACACCAAAGAGAGCUGCUCGAACCAAGAGCAGGACUCAGAUGCCGAGCUGGAAACGUGCCUAAUGGAAGUCGACACGGCUUUUUGA